AUGUCAAACGUAAAAUCAACAACACCAAGUAAAGGUAUAUUUGAUUCUUUUCUUGAAAAGCUUACACCCAAUAAAACUCCAACAAAAAGAUCAACAUUUAAUGGUAGUAGUACACCAACACCCAAUGGUAGUAAUAAUCAAAAUACACCUAUAAAAGUUGGUGGUGGUGGUGGUGGUGGUGGUAGUACACAGCAACAACAACAACAAACACCAAGUAAAGGUGGUACAUUAACAACAUCAGCAUCAACUAAUUUACUUGGUCAAUUUCAAUUAAAUAUUGAAACCAACAAUAUAAAUAGACAGAGUGAUUUCUCAACCAACUUAGAUGAUUUUGGUGGUGGUACAGCUGGUGGUAUGACCAAUGGUGGUGAUUUAGAUGAUUCAGAAAAGAUGUUAACCUAUAAAGAUUCAACAAUUAUUGUAAAUAAAGAAUUAUUAGGUGGAGAUGAUCAUUAUCUAGGUUCAAUUGAACCUCAAUUAUCUGUAUUAAAUAAACCAAUUAAAAAAGAAAUACCAAAAUUAAAUAAACAACAAUCAUUUCAUUCAAACAAGAAUAGUGGUGUUAAUGCUAAUCUCUAUAUUGAUCCAUCAACACCAAUAUCUGCAUUAACACCACAAACUUCAACAACAAUAACUUCAACUUCAACCAUCUCAACUUCAACAACAACUAAUAUAUCACAAUUACCAAUACAAACACAACAAAUUAUAAAUAAUACUAAUAAUACAAAUACUACUAAUAAUAAUAAUAAUAACAAUAUAAAUACUAAUAAUAAUAGUAGUAAUAUUAAUAAUCAACCUGUAAAUAAUAACAAACAACAACAACAACAACAACAACAACAAAUUUUAAAUAAUAAUAAUAAUAUACCAAUUCAACAACAAAUUAAUGAACAAACAUUUGGUGGAGAUAUUGAUUCAUUUUCAUUUGCAAAUUUAGAUAUACCAAUGGCAUGUAGAUUAUUUUUAGAUCAUUUAAAGAGUGAAAAUAGUGAAUUAAAAAGACAAUUGAAUAUAGUAUUAAAUGAUAAUGCCGAUCAAUGGGAACAAACUAUAAAUUUGAAAUCAAAUAUAGAAGAGUUGGAACUUUAUAAUAAUCAAUUGGAUCAAUGGUCUGAAUCAUUAAGAACUCAAUUAAUGAACUCUGCUGAACUUUUAGUUAAUCAUCAUAGAAAAAUAGAUAAUCUGUAUGAACUUUUAUCAGGUGUUGGUGAACAAAAAGAUAGUUUUCAAUCACUUUAUGAACAAUCACAAGAACAACUUUCAAAAUUGGAUGAAAAAAAUUCAAGAUUAAAUUUACAAUUAAAAGAUUAUAAAAUUUUAACAAAAGAUUUGGAUUUACAAAUUAAAGAUUUAAAUAAAGAAAUUAGAGAUCAAAAAGAUUUUUCAAUUGUAACAAUUAUUUGGAGAAUUAAAAAUGGUAUUGAACCAAGUGGUAUAGAGAGAAAGAAAUCAAUUCAAGAAAAGAAUCAAUUAUUAGAUGAAGCAGUUAGAGUUUAUCAAUUAGAUUAUAAUGAAUUGGUUUUAUUAAGAGUUAUAACAUUUUUAAAGAAUACUUUAUCUUGGAAAGUUUUCAUUCAAAUUUUAAAAAAUAAUUAUGAUUCAUUAGAUUACUAUAUAAAAUAUUGUAAACAAACUAAAAAAUUCAAUGAAUUGAAAUUGAUAUAUCGUGAAACUCAUAAUCAUUUAGAAGAAGGUUUAUUAAUGCUAAAAGAAGCAUUAGAUGAAAAAGAUACAAAUUUACAAUUAUAUUCACUAUAUUCCUGUGUUUCAUUCUUUGAAUUAUAUGAACAUUUAUAUUUUUAUAAAGCAACUGUAUUAAAACAUAUUGAUUCUAUUAAAAAUGGUAUUAAUUUAAAUUGGGAUAAUUUAGAUUUUAAAACUUUUAAAAAUUAA